CGAAAACAGCCUGGCGUCAACUCGCGGUUCGCUUGACACUUUCUUCAAUAACUCCUUUUUUUAAAAUGUUUAAACUUGCUGAAGACUUCGAGAGACAGAUCUAGUCACUGCUGUGGACUGAAUGCUUGGCUGACGCUGAAAAGGAUCCUCUCUAAAGCUGCAUGUGUGAUGAGCCACCAUGGUACGCCUGACCAUAGAUGUGAUUGCUAAAUCUAGAAACCACUUCAAAAAGAAAAGGGGCCUCUCCUUCCCAGAGUACCUCAAGACACUCACCCACCUCCACUUCUCCAGCAAGAACAUCGAAGAUAUUGGGGACCUGUCCAUGUGUAGAAACCUCACUGUCCUUUACCUGUACGAUAAUCAGAUCACACACAUUUGCAACCUCGGCUUUGCCUCCAACCUCACCCAUCUGUACGUGCAGAACAACAACAUCACUCAUAUAGAUAAUCUCUCCAAUCUGCAGAAGCUCUCCAAACUGUAUCUGGGUGGAAACAGGAUUGCAGUGGUGGAGGGCUUAGAGAAUCUCCGUGAGCUCAAGGAGCUUCAUCUGGAGAACCAAAGGCUGGCACCAGGGGAGAAGUUGCUCCUUGACCCCAGGACUCUCCUCUCAGCGGCUGAAUCUCUGUGUGUCUUGAAUAUCAGUAACAACAACAUUGAUGACAUCAGGGACCUGACAGUGCUGAAGGAACUCCGGCGUUUUUCUGCUGCUGGCAACAGAUUGAACAAUAUGGAGGAGUUGGAGGAUGUGUUCAGCCACUGGCCUCAGCUGCUUCAAAUGGACUUGCGUGAAAACCCUGUGUGUAAAAAACCAAAGUACAGGGACCACCUGAUCACCGCGUGUAAAAGCCUCGUUGUUCUCGAUGGCAGGGAAAUUAAUGAGUUAACCAGGCAGUUCCUUAUUAACUGGAAAGCAUCCAAAGAGGCCAAGAAGAAGAAAAUGAACAAACAUAUGAUAACCGGGCCGUUGAUCCCCUAUGCCUUAACAAAUAACUUCAACAUGGGUCAGGGUCCACAUCCUGGUCACAGCUACAGCCAGGCUAACAUGCAGAGAUGGUAUCCACAGCAGUCUCUCAGGACACACAACUUAAAGAUGGCUAUGAGUGGACUUCUCAAUCACAUGGCUGUCUCAUCUCCCAUCUGCAGUCAUGUGGAUGCCUAAAAAAAAAACCCACUAAAAUGUCCGCCUCUUCCACACACACAAAUUAGCCAGAGCCCAGGACGAACCCUGCUACUGCCUGGGUCUUCAUGUAGUGUAUACAGUCACUGUCACCCACUUGCUGUGAUGUCCAGAGUCCCUGCAGUAUCCUUGACUGAGUGGAUUACAGUGGUUUCAAUUUUAUUUUCAAAUGUUUGGAUAGUUAUAACUAAAUCUACGUUCAUUUAAAUUA